UACGAGUUCCCGCCAUGCCGCGAUUUGAAUUCUUCUUCUUCUUCGUCGAGGAACGUUGCGUCGGUCACGACGUCGUUGCGGUGUCUGUUACAUCUCCACCAUGGAAUCGCAUUGUCAUGAUAGAGCGAGCGAGAGAGAGAGAGAGAGAGAGAGAGAGCUGCUUGGAAGCUUUGUGCCGUUCUCGGUAUUGGUAGUGGAGUGUGUAUUGUCGGAAGCAGUGGUGAGUCGGGUGGUGAACUAAUCGAACUACUUUGAGGAGGAGGAGGAGGAGGAGGAUUGCGGUAGUGCCGUGACCAUGAAUCUGUUCAAGAAGAAGCCGGAUGCGAAAGAGUAUUUCUCCGGGUAGCGCAGUAUGUUUGCGUCGCUGUCGAUUUGAGGAAGUGUUAUGAAUUUGAAAAUAGCGGGAAUCCCCUUGCCGAAUUGAGGUGCUGAGAGCGAGUAAGCGGGAGAUGUCCAACGCCACCAGAGGGAUCGAGAGAGAAAUCAAUUCAUUACAAAUAGAGGAAAAGAAGCUAGUGGCAGAGAUAAAGAAGACAGCUAAAGCAGGAAAUGAUGCAGCAACCAAGAUCUUAGCACGGCAGCUUAUCCGGCUACGACAGCAAAUUACGAAGCUACAAGAGAGCAGGUCUCAAAUGCGUGGGGUUGCUACGCAUACACAGGCCAUGCAUGCAAACACAGCAGUGGCAGGUGCUAUGAAAGGUGCUACUAAAGCAAUGGCCUCCAUGAACAAGCAAAUGGAGCCAGCUAAGACGGCCAAGAUCAUGCAAGAAUUCCAGCGUCAAUCAGCACAGAUGGAUAUGACUACGGAGAUGAUGUCCGAUUCAAUCGACGAUGCAUUAGACGGUGAUGAGGCUGAGGAAGAGACAGAAGAGCUCACCGCCCAGGUCCUCGACGAAAUCGGUGCCGACAUUGCUACUCAGAUGAGUUUUACACCCAAAGGGAAGCUUGGCGCAGGCAAAGCCAGGACCCAAAACGCCAGCAGUUCUGGUAUCGAUGCAGUGGACUUGGAGGCUAGGCUUGCAGCUCUGCGAAGCGGAUGAGCUGAUGCGAAUUACACGUGUACUUGUACAUAACCCCAGAUAGUACUUAUUCUUACAAACCCUAGGCUUACAGAAAAUACUUGUGUUAUUGUUCUGGCUACUCAAAUUUGAGAACUCUAUUUUGAGGAAUGCAAAAUUUAAAAGAACCCAAUUUUUUUUUCAUGAACA